UGCACCAGCAUCCCGGAAAUUCUGAACCCCAUUCACGCCUGUAGCUGACAGCGAAGUUGUAAACGCUUUUUAUACCUUUAGUUUAAGUUUUUCAACCGCGAGAGACAAAACAUAUCCAGUGUACCUCCACUGCAGAGGGCCCGGGGUGAAGCUGCCUCCUGUCCCGCCCCGCGGAGCACAUGUCCGGCUUCAACCUGGUCCGAGUGGACGCUGGCGGCGGGGGUCCCAUCCGCCUGCCGCCGGGGGAGACGGUGCUCGGCCGGGGGCCCCUACUGGGGGUCAGCGACAAGAGGGUGUCCCGCCUUCACGGGCUGCUGGAGAACCUGAACGGAGAGCUGCGCCUCAAACCGACCCACCUGAACCCGUGCUUCGUUCAGGCGUCGCCCGCCGACGACCCCCGACCUCUGCAGAGAGACUCGUGGCACCCGCUGCGCCACGGGGACCUCUUCUCCCUGCUGCCGGGCCAGCUCGUCUUCCAGGUGGAGGCCGUGGGCGGAGCAGGCCGCCCCCCCAGGAACAGUCGGCUGUUUGUUGAAGGAGGGCUUCCCGUCGACCCUGAGCCAGAUGUGGAGUCGCCUCCGUCAGCAGCCGCUCCGCCCGAGCAGGAGAAGGAGCAGCAGCAGCAGCAGGAGAAGGAGCAGCAGGAGGAGCAGGAGGAGGAGGAGGAGGAGGCCGCCGGCAGGAGCUCAGAUGAGAGAGACUCUCCAAACGAGGCCCAGACCCGCCGCGGGGACGCCCCCCCCUCUGCCCCCCCCUCCGUCUCCAGGAGGAGAGUUUUACCUGCGUGGAUGAUGGCGGCGGCGGCGGCGGCGCCAAGCGGCCCCUCCUCCUCCAGCCCAAAAGCUGUGAAGAGAAGCAGAGGACCUUCAGCCGGCACCAAACCAGCAGCAGGCGCCAAGCAAGCCCCGCCCACCAAGGCCCCCUCACCUGAGGAGGCGGAGCUCCGCGAGGAGGAGACGCCGAGGAAGAGGAGGAGGAAAAUGAGCGAUGAGGAAGAGGAAUCAGCUAAAACAAACCCCCCCGUUGAUGUUCCUCCUCCUCCGCAGCGCUCAGCCGAGAGGUCGGAGGUGAGCGACGAGUCCGGCGGCUUCCCCGCGGAGGGGGCGGGGCCAGAGGAGGCGGGGCCAGAGGAGGCGGGCGGGGAUUCCCCGACGGGGGACGCCAACGCGGCCGGCCGGUCCGAGAGCGAAGACAAGAGGCGGAAAAACGCCCGACCUCGGCAGAGAGCUCCGUGUGCGUACGGGAGCAGCUGCUACAGGAAGAACCCGGCCCACUUCCAGGAGUGCAGUCACCCCGGUGACCCGGACUACGAGGAGGAGGAGGAGGAGGAGGAGGCGGAGCGGCCCGAGUGCCCCUACGGCACCGACUGCUACAGGAAGAAUCCUCUUCACAGGAAAGAAUACAAACACACAAAGAGACCAGCUCGCGCCGCACGCACGGCCCCCGGGAACCCCGCCGCCGGCGAGGAGGACGAAGACGAGUACGAGGACAGCUUCAUCGACGACGACAGCGAGGACGCGGGCGACGACUCGGACUACGCGCCGCCCGCCUCGGACGACAGCGGGCGGGAGGACGUGGCGGCGCUGCGGGCGGAGGCGAAGGCCUUCGCCAGGAGGAGGAAGUAGAUUCAGGCCGUGUCUCCGUGACGGGGGGGGGGGG